AAAGACCAAUCAUCUUGAGUGGUGGAUGGUUGAUUGCGUUCUCAUGUAAUUUGCAGCUGUCCAUCAGCAGAUCACCCCACCCAUCCUGUUCUUCAGUAUUGUAGAAUAUUUUCUGGAGGAACUUAGCAGUUUGUAAGCUCCAGCCAUGGACCACAACAGCUACCCAAUGAAGAAACUGGGCUAUAACACAAAGGACUACAACACAAUGAAACCCAACAGCUGCAGUUCCUAUUUCAGGUACUGUCUCCUGUUCACCAGCCUCAUCCAGAUGCUGAUAAUUUUGGGGCUUGUUCUUUUCAUGACCUAUGGAAACACCUACAGCAGCCACCAAUCUCACCUUGAGACCAGUCAGAACCAGUCUGUUCAGUUGAUCAGGGAAGUCCAAAGCCAGAAAGGUGCCGUCAAAAGCCUGACGAAAAAUCUGACAAGCUGCAAUUUCAAGAAUGGCAAUCUCACAGAACAACUGAAAAUUAUGAACAAGACUAUUAAAAGAUGGAUUUCACAGAAGAAUUACACGGAUUAUUUGAAUUUACCACUCAACCGCUAUUUUGAACAAUAUUUCAGCUUGAAGAGAAACAACACUGAUCUCAAAAUUAAGCUUCAAAAGUGCAUGUUUGAUCAACAAUCGAAGGAGAGUAGGGAGAAAUGGAAAGAGGGAGAACUGUAUCCGCCAUUUAACAGAUAUUACCCGUUUAACAGAAGAACCGUCACAUCCUUUGAAUCUUCCUGCCAGGAGAACGUCAACCUCUUGCAAAAAAUGGUGGAUUUACUAAACGACCAAUUGGCAGCCAUGCGGCAGAAAGAAGCAUCCAUGGACCUGAAGCUGAAAGAACAAGAAGCCAGAUGUUGGAACUGGAGGAUGUCAGAAUAUCGUGUGAAGACACCAUGAUCAACAUGAAAUCAGAGAGAAAACCCUCAUCAGUAUCAAUACAUCCAGUGGAAUCCUCUUUUUCUGAUACUUGUGAUACACACUCUACUAUCUUCUUAGUGUCUUGUGUAGCUGUUGUUGUUCCUUUUCACGGCUUGAGAUGCAUUGGGUACCAUUUUUUUUCUGUUUCCUUAGCAUUUGUCUGUUUUUUAAAAAAAACACACAACCCAACACAUGGGCAGUGAGACUCAUUUGGAAUUAAAUUAGUGGUUUGGGAGGAGGGGGUAAAUAUUGUUAAUUUAUGUUUGGUAUAGAGGUGUGGCAUAAUGGGGUCCCAUGGGAUUAGUUUGGGAUUAUGCAGGGAUGUCAGAGAGAAGGGGGUACAGGAUUAAUUUGGGGAUGAUUCAGUAAAGUGGGAGAGAAGAGGGAAGUGGGAUUAGUUUGGAGUACCCGGAGAGCAAAGCCUUCAGCUUCGAUAAUAUCCCUGCUUCAAUCGGAGUUGUGGAAAGCCAAGGGCUAACUUUGCACGAGGUUUUUUCCCUUGAUUUAUAUGUAAUCAUGAGGAAUCAGGAACAAAUCCCAGGAUCAUGAUUUAUAAUUUAUCUGAAGUUGGACGAUACCAAUAGAAACAGUUCCUCCCAAACCUUCAUUCCAAACAAGCCAAACGAAAAGAAUUCAAAACAUCAACAUGAUUGGUCUGGGCAGUGCAAGUUGGCAAGUUGGCAAAGUACAGAUUAAGGUGCCCUUAUCUGGCCUCAGGUUACUGAUUGGACAAUCUGCAAGAGAUGGUCAGUAAUUCUGUCACAAGCAGGGCAAAAACUUGGGAAACAGAAUUCCAUUUCCAACAGCAGCCAGUGUGUGUGAUAUGCAAGGACUGGGAUAACAGGAUUCCAGUGGGUGUCGUGUGUGUGCAUAAUGCUUUCAUAACGAGACUGAGGAUUUCCUCUGUUGCAUUUGCUCAUGUGGCAAUUCCUUAGGUAUGAGAGAAAAUUGUUCAUGUUUCAAGUCAGUCUGACAUCUCAUUCUACUUUAAAGAUGGCAAACAUAAAGAAAUAAGCAAAAUAUUAAUGAAAAGAUGUUAAUCACUGUUAAAUAUUAACUAUUGAUGUUAAUCCAAAAAUAUUAACCAUCAAAUACUAACUAACAAAUGUUAAUUAAUGAAUGUAAAAUAAAGGAUUUUAACUCGGUUUUUACUCAAUGCUGGGGUGUGACAAAGUUGGGAAAGCCAACAAUUACUCCCUGUCCCUAUGUGCUCUCAGGAAAGUGCUGGUGAGUUGUCCAGAACAGCUACAGUUCUUCACAUGAAGAUCCCCCAAAUAACAAUAGUUAACCAAAAGUUAUUAACCAAAGACAGUUAAGUACAAUACGUAAUAUCUCAGUUGUUAAUUCAACCCCUGAUCUGGGAACAGGGGUAGAUGUAUUAACAAGUUUGAUCCUCUAACAGACUAAUUUUCCAUUUGGCUUGCAAAGUCUAAUUUUUAUUAUUUGUUGACACACAGCACGGAACAGGCCCUUCCAGCAGCCCCCGACUUAACCUCAGCUUAACCGCGGGACAAUUCAUAAAGACUAAUUAACCUACUAACCGGUGCGCCUUUAGGACUGUGGGAGGAAACUGAAGCAUCCGGGGAAAUCCCGCGCAUUCCACAGGGAGAACGUACAGACUCCUUAGAGAUGACGGCGGAAUUGAGCUCUGAACUCCAAUGCCACGAGCUGUAAUAGCAAUGUUCUAACUGCUGUGCUACCAUGGUGAAGUGGAAAACAGUUAUGAGAUUUAUAUUCUAUAUCAGUUCUUUGUCUAUUGCAUAUACUUACAAUAUUUCUUUAGAUAGCAAUACUAUUACGUACAAGUCUCUCAGUCCUCCAUGUACUGGACAUAGAAUCUUCACAUCCCCUCUCUAAUUAUCCUUCCCACUUCUUAUGCUGUAUCCCUCUCCCGCCUUUAAUUCUAACUGACAGGAUUUAUAUUCAAAGGAGUCUGUGGGCAGUGGAAGGGCUCCCAGGUUAACUUUGAUGACAAUUGUAGCUGGCAUUGAAGAAGUUUGGCUCCGGGCUGCCUACGGCACUGUAUUGUUCAAACCAAAGGAUUAAUAAACAAAUGCUGAAUGCCACUGUUUGCUGGAGUGUGAU